CAGUAUCUGUCCUUAAUGGUUAUACAUCACCGCUCCACCUUUGCGUCCCUCUUCUGUCAUCGUCCUCUCCAACUCAACCUCAAUUCCUGAAAUUGCUGGCAAUAUAAAAAUCCAGUUUCCGUUUGGACAUUUUCUCAUAUAGAGCAGUCGUGCUUCUCACAAAUUCACCAUUUUUUUGAACAGAUUCGUCAAUCUUCCUCCAUUUCUAUGUCAUAUUACUGUUCAACUGUUCAUUCAGGUGCCAUGGAUAUCCCUCUGCCUCUAGAUAAGUUGUCUUUGGACUUAAUAACAGAGGACAAAACUUAUGUUGUUUUAGUAGCUACAGGAAGUUUCAAUCCUCCAACUCUUAUGCACUUGCGUAUGUUUGAACUGGCAAGAGAUGCACUGAACUUAGCAGGCUAUUGUGUUAUUGGAGGCUAUAUGUCACCUGUUAGUGAUGCAUACAAGAAAAAGGGCCUUAUAUCUGCUGAACAUCGGAUAAAGUUGUGUAACCUGGCUUGCAAAACUUCCGACUUCAUAAUGGUUGAUCCAUGGGAGGCAAACCAGAAUUCCUACCAACGAACUUUGACUGUUUUGUCAAGAAUCAAAAACUUUUUGAGUGAGACUGGGCUGAUAUCCAGGGGGUCCCUUAAGGUCAUUCUUGUAUGUGGUUCUGAUUUAAUCCAGUCCUUCAGCAUUCCUGGAUUUUGGAUUCCUGGGCAGGUAAGGAUGAUAUGCAGAGAUUAUGGUGUGGCGUGCAUCUGCAGAGAAGGACAAGAUGUUGAAAAGAUCAUCUCGGACAAUGAAAUCUUGAAUGAAAACAAGGCUAACAUCAUGGUCGUGGAUGAGCUUGUGCCGAACCAAAUCAGUUCAACAAGACUAAGGGAUUGCAUUUCAAGAGGAUUGUCAAUAAAAUAUCUUACUACAGAUGAAGUGAUUGAUCAUAUCAAAGAAAAGCAAUUGUAUUUGAACUCAGGUGACAAUUGAUCAUCAUCUUUUAACUUUGUACACAACAAUUAACCACAAUUAGUUUAUAAAUUUAAGGUGUCAAGUUUUAAACA